AUGUCACAGAAAAGGUUCUCUCGUCAGGGUUUCCAGCAAUUACAGAACACACCUGCAUCUAAUAUGCCGAAUCCGAACGAUGUCACAAUCAACAUUCCCAUGACCUCAGUCUCGAACCAGAGUGCUACCGGUGCUCGCAAAGGCGAUGCCAAUGUUACCGCUGCCACUUACAGUUCAACUAACGACUCUCCCAACCAAACACCCAAUGAGAAAUCCGGUCUCUUCCAUAGAACAGACACUGGUCUCGGCAGACGAAGAAAGUUGGAACAAAAGGGUCUUCCUCAGAAGGACGAGGACGAUGGCACCAUCACCUCCAUGGGCAAGAUCUAUAACAAAAUACUCAACUUUUCUAUUGUCACGAGAUACUUCCUCUACGUGCUGCCUUUGGCUCUCGCAAUCGCCAUUCCGAUCAUCAUUGGUGCUACAGUGGCACGGAAAAGCACAGUGGCUGGUGUCCAGAUAACUUGGUUCUUCACCUGGAUUGAGAUCGUGUGGCUCGGUAUCUGGAUAGCAAAAUUGUUUGCACAAUCUCUGCCUUGGGUCUUCCAAUUCCUCUGUGGCAUCGUCAGCUCUGGCACUCGCAAAUAUGCGUUGAUCCUCAAGGCGCUCGAGAUUCCUAUUUCCUUGGUUGGAUGGGCGGCUAUUUGUGUCUCCACCUUCACGCCCUUGAUGACCUUGAAUCCUUAUGCACGGAAGAUUGGGGACACCCAAACCAAAAACUGGCAGGCGACCGUACGCAAUAUCCUGUUUGCGGCACUUUUCUCAACCUUGGUCUUCCUUGUAGAGAAGCUGCUGGUGCAACUGAUCUCCAUCAGUUAUCAUCGUAAGCAAUUCGACAGCAAGAUCAAGGCCUCAAAACGCAACAUCCACUUGCUGAGCUGUCUCUAUGAUGCUUCGAGGGCCUUGUUCCCGGCAUACUGCCCCGAAUUCGCUGCCGAAGAUUAUCUCAUCAAUGAUUCUAUCGAUGUCAGCAGCAAGGUUGGCAAUGGGUCGGGAUCAGCUACGCCGAUGCGACUCAUUCAGAAUGUCGGCGCGAACGUCGGGCGUGUGGGUGACAAGAUUACAGCUGCCUUUGGCAACGUGGCGCAAGAGAUAACUGGCAAACAAGUUUUCAAUCCAACAUCAGCCCACUCCAUCGUGGUCGAAGCUCUCGAGAAGACUUCAUCGUCCGAAGCUCUUGCCCGUCGUCUAUGGAUGUCGUUCGUCAUGGAAGGACGAGAAGCACUCUUCCGAGAUGACAUUGUCGAUGUCCUUGGCGCCGAGCGUACCGCGGAAGCUGAAGAGUGUUUUGCCUGCCUUGACCGGGAUGGUAACGGUGAUAUCAGUUUGGAUGAGAUGAUCUUGACUGUCUGCGAGUUUGGACGCGAAAGGCAUUCCAUCGCUAGCAGCAUGCAUGAUGUAGACCAAGCCAUUCACGUCCUCGACAACCUCCUUACGGUGGUCGCCUCCAUUAUCAUCGUAUUUGUCUUUGUGGCCUUCCUCAACAAGAAUUUCACCACCACUUUGGCAACGGCUGGGACCGCGUUGCUCUCUCUCUCGUUCGUUUUUGCUGUAACCUGCCAGGAAGUGCUUGGCUCGUGUAUCUUCCUAUUUGUCAAGCACCCAUUCGAUGUUGGUGAUCGUGUUGAUAUCGGUCAAUCACAGCUUGUCGUCGAGCGCAUCUCGCUCCUCUUUACCGUCUUCCGCAAGGUCAAGGACCACAAAACCACCCAGGUUCCGAACAUCGUACUCAAUACUAAUUGGAUCGACAAUAUCAGUCGAAGCAAAGCAAUGCGUGAGCAGGUCCUGCUCUACAUCAACUUCGACACCACACUCGAAGAUAUACAACUCCUCAAGAAUGAAAUUGCAGCAUUCGUGCUGGACAAGGAAAACAACCGUGACUUCCAACCCGACAUCGAUAUCGAGGUGACCGGAAUUGCUGAGAUGAACAAGCUUGAACUCUGCAUUGAGAUCCGCCACAAAUCGAAUUGGUCCAACGAAGCUGUCCGAGCAUCACGUCGCUCCAAAUUUAUGUGUGCUCUCGUCCUUGCUCUUCGCAAGAUUCCCAUCUAUGGUCCAGGCGCAGGAGAUGCUGUGCUUGGGGACAUCGGCAAACCUACAUACUCUGUCACCAUCUCCGACGAGCAAGCAGCAGCAAACAAGAAGGAGUUCUCCGAUGAAAAGGACAAGAAACGUAUGAUCCCAAAGAACGUGGAGGAAGAUAACGAUGACCCCCCCAAAUCUCCCGAUACAGCUGGAAAUACCACUACAGGCAAAUCAAGCUCGGUGGACUACCUCGGAGGCAUUGUAGCUCCUCGCGGCGUAAGCACCCAAUCGACAAGCACAGCUGCCAAAGCUGAGGCUUCUAUUCUUGAAACACUGAAUGCCAGGCCGGCAGGUCUUGAUCCGGCGCAUGACGAUACGAACAACUACUACAAAGCUAACGAAGAGCUUGCACUGGCUAAGACAGAGAGCAGGCGCAGCCAGGACAUUGAGGAAGUCCGGGGUCUGCUCCGUAAAGAGUCAAAUCGUGGUCGAAGAAAGGCUGGCAGUCCAACAGGGGCAUCUAUGCAGAGCCCAGCAACCAUUCAUGAAGUCGUGACUCCACCUCCAAGGAGUGCGUCCAGACCAGGGACGGCGGCCGGAGGACAAGACUUUCAUGAAUACACAUACCCCGUAGCGCCACAACAGCCAAUGGCUACGACUGCGUUACCGCAGUGGGAGGAAAGGCAUUCAACAUACCCGGCCCCACCACCUUCACAGCAGCGGGCCCGAGCGGGGUCCGGGGUGAACAGGAGACCUGUUGGAGGAGGUAGUGGGAACCCAUGGCUUGGACAGGGACAGAGGUGA